AUGCAAUUCUUAUCAGCAAGAUCCUUAUUGUAUGUUAGGGUGUUAUUAUUAGCUAUUAUUGCCUUUUUUUGCAUAAAGGAUCCUUCAGUUUUGUUGGAAUCCGGAUUUGCUGUGCUUUUAGGUCAAGCUAUGCAAUUAAAUAUUAUCCUACUUGACACUUCCAACCCAUUAAUAGGUAUAACAGCCGUUACAUUUGCAACUUUAGCAAUUUCUGAUUUGAUUCCUUUAUUGGCUGAUAAUAUUGAAUAUUUUGAAACUAUUGUACCAACAAGAUUAUUCCUUUACUUCGGAUUAGCAGCAUACUCAUACGUGACUAAGUCGCCAAUUUUCAGCAACAACAUUAUCUUUGUAUACUCAUUCUUUGAGAUAUGGUUUAAUUUCUUGAUUUACAAUAAUUUGAGAGAUGAAAGAUAUUAUAGAAUCAAGAAGUUUAUCGAAGAAAAUGGUGACAAAUUGAAUCCCGAUGAAGCCGUAAGGGUCGCUGAAGUUGAUUAA